UUCAGUUAUGCGUGAAUCUUUCACAAGACAAAGUGACAUUUUGCGGGCCGUUUAGUUGUCGCGUUUUUAAUUUGAAAAACUUCAGGUUGUGUUUAUUGUUUUGUGUUUUUCUUGUGCGCUCAGUGUUUGUGCUGGUUUAUUUGCAUUUUGAAAUUGUUUAUGAACUCAAUUAUAUAUUUGGGUGCUUCGGAGAGUUCGCAUUGCAAUUAAGUUUGGCAAGCCGCAUUUUUAUUUUAUUAUAUUUCGGAAACUAAUUAUGCAGUUCACCAGGAGCCGUUUAUUACUAUCGAUGGCCGUGCUAUCGGCACUGCUAUCGUUAUCGCUGGGCUUUCCCGCACCUCAGCAAACAAAUUCCGAACUGGAGGCGAAUUUCCAGGAUAGCAGCGAUCCCGACUUGAAUCCUAUCAACGCAGAGGAGGUGUUAAGUGUCCAGGAGCGCAACAAAAGAAAACUGCCCGAUGCCACAUUCGAGGCUAAGAACGCAGUGCUCGGUUUUGUGUUUGGCAAAAUCGACAACUUCCUGGAUACAAAGACGCGGGUGAUCGAGCAGCUGGACCGAUCGAAUAUCGAAAAGAACAAGCAGUGGGACAUCAAGUCGCCGGUGCCCAUCAAGGACUUCCAGACUCUGAUUACCGCCGUGGUGUCGCCAAAGAUCCGUUCGAUUGGCAACAUUGCUAAUGACCUGACCACCGGUGUGCUGACCACGAUUACCGCCUUUAGUGGCUCCUCCUCGGGCGGCGGAAAUGCGAACGCCGGAUUGGGCAAUGUGGUUUCCAAGUUCCUCAGCUUCUCGGGACCCAUCCUGCAGGGAUCAUCUGGCGGAGUUAAUGGAAUCGCCGGCGUGACGACACCAGCUCCCGAUUCCGAUGAGGCGGGCUACUAGGAUGUGUAAAUAGCAACGAUUCAAGGCCAACAAAUGGAAGCUGUAAUUUAUCGUUGAAUCCCUAUUCGUUUCUUCCCACAUCCAUCAGAAUCUUUGUUGAAUUUCCAACCCCCUCGCUCGAAUCGUUUUUAUUUUUUUUUGUUUACACCCUAGUUAAGUUUCAUGUUUGUAAAUAUUCGGCAUAAACAAAUAUAUAUAUAUAGAGAAAUUCACGACACUACAAAAGCGAAUAAAACCGAAAACAGAAAACC